AUGGCGUCGCAUCCGAACGCAAACGCCCCCCGUUUUGACUGUCCGUCAUGGGCAGGAAAACCACCCCCUGGACUUCAUCUGGAUGUAGUCAAAGGAGACAAGUUAAUAGAGAAACUGAUCAUAGAUGAGAAGAAGUUCUACUUGUUUGGAAGGAACCCAGACCACUGUGACUUUACGAUAGACCACCAGUCAUGUUCACGGGUGCACGCAGCACUCGUUUAUCACCGGCACCUCAAGAGGGUCUUUCUCAUCGAUCUCAACAGCACCCAUGGCACCUUUUUGGGCCGAAUCCGUCUGGAGCCUCAUAAACCACAGCAGGUUCCCAUAGACUCCACCAUGUCCUUUGGGGCGUCAACACGAGUGUACACAUUGAGAGAAAAGCCCCAGACGCAGCCUAGUACCACCACAGGGGACAGUGGUGUGGAGGAUGAAGAGCUGAAAGGACUGCUGGGUUUACCGCAGGAGGAGACUGAACUAGAUAACCUGACUGAGUUUAAUACGGCCCAUAACAAACGCAUCUCCACCCUCACCAUUGAGGAGGGCAACCUGGACAUCCAGAGGCCCAAGAGGAAGAGGAGGAGUUCUCGAGUGUCCUUCAGUGAGGAUGAUGAGAUUAUUAACCCAGAGGACAUUGAUCCGUCCGUCGGACGCUUCAGGAACAUGGUUCAGACGGCAGUCAUACCCUUAAAGAAGAAGAAAGCAGAGGGACAUGGCGGCCUUGGUGUUGAGGACAGUAUGGCACGCCGCUUUCAGAACUUCCCUCGCAGCUCAGGCCUUUACGGAGACCUGCCCCCUGCCAGCCAUGAGGCGGGCAUCCAGGACAGCAUACACCAGACAGGCACAGCCCUUCUGAGUGGCAUUCCUCAGCCUUUCCCUAACCCUGCCCCAGAGGUGGACUUUACCGCCGCCAUCGCACAGCCAGCAGUCAUGUUGAACCCGAGCCCCGCCCCUGGACCCUACACGGCGGAGUCGAUGAAUGAGCCACGCAAGAAGAAAUACGCGAAGGAAGCUUGGCCUGGAAAAAAGCCCACGCCCUCUUUGCUCAUCUAGUGCUUGAUGUGUGACGGACUUCGGUUCAACAGUUAUUUCAGAAAUAGGAGUUAUGUUACGUAAUCAGUUCAGGAAGUCAGUUGAUUGAGGGCUUCAGUCAUUACAAUGUGGACGGUGUUGAAGUCUGGUCCACACAACGACUGUAUUUUCAGUUGUUCAGCCAUGUGUGCUUUUGAAGUGGAAGAGCUGCAGCCAUGUGCUUCCCUUAAGUGCUGAUCAGUCUCCGAUAUUUUUCACCUUGCUUAAAAUGAACGGGUGCGAUUACAUUUUCCCACAAUUCACACAACAGCAGCUGCAGCCAGCAAGCAAGAAAAAGUGCAAGAAGCCACAUAUUGUUACUGUUGAAAGUUGAUGUUGCAGAAUUGCUAAAUGCUAACUUUAAAAUGCACUGAAAAUAAUGAUACAGCCUCCAUUUGUAACAUUGGGUUCUUUGUAACAAAUGGUUGAAUGGCUGGUUUUGGUGAAAGCUUGUUACUCAGAGCAGAUCUUAGCACUCCUUUAACUGCAGGCAAGUGUUAGAAUCCGUAGAAUAAGUUCUGAUGUUCAGUCCUCACGUUCUCUAGAAUAACUACUCACACGAGUUGUAACACCGUUAUUACCAUUUUGGCUAUUAGCUGCUGAGAAAAGGCUACACUACCAUAGACGAAGGUCUCGACUUGUGAGUUUGAUUUGUGUGUUUUAUAUUUUUAUAUCCAAGAACGUUUUGGAAUGGUGUGUGUACAAAAAAUCUAAUGAAUUCUUAACCUUGUUUAUUUAGCUAAUAAACAGAAUUCCAUGUUA